GGAGAACAUAAAAAGGAAACGCAGCUCCUCUGUAUGAGACAUUUUCCACCUGGCUCACCCUGUUAAUGGAACAAAUGUGGACUUAUCGAGUGUGGCAAAACAGGGCAUGGCUUUAAGCAGACUCCUGUUGCUAUAUAUGCUAGCCUCUGAAGUGCGAUAUGCUGAGACCAAGCCCAUUGACUUUGUGUGCAGCAGAUCGUCCAGGAGAGCGAUGAAUAUUGUGACUGAGAUGCAGACAGCGCUGAACGAGUGCAAUUGUUCCACCAUCCUGCCCACGCCAGUUCUGCUACCCUGCACAGAGCUCCAUGUAGCAUCUUGGGAAAGAAAAUCACACCAUGAGAGGAGACAAGACAUCAGUGCAUCCUUGAGGUAUCUUUUCGAGGGUGUCAAGGUUGCGAGGCCCCUCGGCCGGGCAGAAUGCGCCUCAGUGCUUUUGCAAAGACUGGAGCAUAACAUCAAUGGCUACCUCCUCAUCCUUACACAUCUUCAAUUGAAUGAGCAACAGGAGCCAGAGGAGAGCCCAGAAUUGUCCUGUGUUCCUCGAACCACCCUCAGUCUGAGCACAGUCCUGCUCAACUACAGGCGCUUGAUCAUGGGCAAACUCGAGCGCCUGAUGAUGAGCCUGGAAAGCAGAUGUCUUCCGCAAUGAAGAGAAGCUCAUCUACAGUAGACCCACUUUUCGUCACUGCCAGUGACAAACAAAACAAAGAAUGCUGGAUCGUCCCAAAUUGCAAGUCAGUGAGGACGAUGCUGAACACACAUCUGAAGUCAUGUUUUUCUUCUUUGGACUAAUCAUUAGUUGAGUCAACUGACUCGCUAAAUCAAGAGCCCCUCUAUGUGUUGCAGCCGAAGAAAGCACUCCAUUUUUCCACAAUUUCUUUAAAGGAGCCAAACUAUGGAUUUUUUUCACAAUCUAACGUGUUUAAUGUGGACUUAAUGUGGAUUUGUUACCAUGUCAACCAAUGGUG